UUCUCUUUGAUGGUGCCUGUUGGGUGCCUACGGUGUGCAUAAGCUCCCCCGCUUCCCACUCGGAGGUUGUGCACAGCAUCGACCACCCUGCACACACUGAGGUUAGAGAGAGAGCCGGGGACACCACCGAGCGAAUUGACCAGAGCUCAGCGUUCGGUGACUGGGAAACGCCAAGAUGCAUCUGGAGGAAUUGAAUAGACUGGAGAACACUCUGGAUCAAGUGCAUGAUGCAAAAUAUGUCGUCCAGAACAUCCAUCAACUUCCCAUCGACUUUGGGGAUGAUAUUGAAAAAUGUCAAAUCAGCAGAGGGGUGCCAGAAUCAAAAGUGAAAAUCAUUCAGCGAGCAUGGCGUGAGUACUUGCAGCGCCAAGAGCCCCUCCGGCAUAGCUGCAUGGAGAAACGGAGCCCGUCACCACCUUCCCUGUCAUCGGGAAAGAUGAGCACUUCUAUCAGCAUGAACACUCUUUCUGAUGGCAGCACUCCUGAUUACAGGGAAGAUGGUAUGGAUUUGGGAAGUGACUCAUGCAGUCGAGCAAGUUCCGAAUCAAGCUCCAACAAAGUGACGCCAUGUUCUGAGUACAAAUCCUCUCCAAGUCUGGAUCUUGCCACGUUGGGAGACUAUGAAGAAGAUGAGGAUUAUCAGGAAUAUAAAAAGAAGGUGAUAGAAGAAUGGGAAAGUGAAUAUGGUGACUACUCUGAGAACAAUGGCAUUGUUAAAGCUGCUAGCAGGAGUUUAGCAGAGGAGUUUCAAGAAGUUAAAGUCAUCCCACCAGUACCUUCUAAUGUUACUGCAGGUGAAAUGAAGCAAAAUGGCAAUGUAGCACCAACUAAACAAGGUGGAAAAGGAAAUAAGACUCUUCCAAAGCUGCAGAAGGCAUUGCGAAUAACUGGUGGCAGUGUAGCCACAAACCAGUUGGAGACUUCGGGGACUUUUGUAACAGAAGAACCACAGCUUCCAACCAUGGAUUGGGAAGCCCUUGAGAAGCACCUUGCAGGUUUACAGUUCCAAGAGCAAGAAGCACAAAACCAAAACCAGAGCCAGACAAAAACAAACUUCACUUCAGCCCAAAAAAAUGAGCGAGAAUCAAUCCGACAGAAGUUGGCACUGGGCAGUUUCUUUGAUGAUGGCCCAGGAAUAUACACCAGCUGUAGCAAGAGUGGCAAACCCAGCCUGUCUUCACGUCUUCAAAGUGGAAUGAAUCUGCAGAUCUGUUUUGUUAAUGACAGUGGAAGUGACAAGGACAGUGAUGCAGAUGAUAGCAAGACUGAAACUAGCCUGGACACCCCUUUGUCUCCAAUGAGCAAACAGAGCUCAUCAUACUCUGACAGAGACACCACUGAGGAAGAGUCUGAGUCACUUGAUGAUAUGGAUUUUCUUACAAGGCAGAAGAAAUUGCAAGCUGAAGCCAAGAUGGCUCUUGCUAUGGCAAAACCAAUGGCUAAAAUGCAAGUUGAAGUAGAAAAACAGAACAGAAAGAAAUCCCCAGUGGCUGAUCUGUUGCCUCAUAUGCCCCAUAUUAGUGAAAGUUUAAUGAAGCGGAGCCUCAAACCCACAGACUUGCGUGACAUGACGAUUGGCCAGCUGCAAGUUAUAGUCAAUGACUUACAUUCCCAAAUUGAGAGCUUAAAUGAAGAGUUGGUCCAGCUUCUACUCAUUAGGGAUGAGCUGCACAUGGAACAGGAUGCCAUGCUGGUGGACAUAGAAGACUUUACCAGACAUGCUGAAAGUCAGCAGAAGCACAUGGCAGAGAAAACAACAGCCAAGUGAAACUGAGAUGCCUCCAGCAAGCCACGAGACUGGAGAGGGGAAAAAAAAAGCUAGAUUUUACUUUGCUUCUGUCGUUGUAAAAUGCUGACGCUCAAGAUGGUGCACUUGAAGAAAAUCAGUGUUAGUCAUUGGUACUGUUUGAAGCUUUAUGUCCAGUGAUUGGCCUAUGCUUCUUUUAUAAUUUAUUUUAAUAUGAUUACAUUUGUCACUGAGUUGUAUCGGGCAUUUCAGUAAAAUGUUGGUAACUGAUAUGCAAUUCUAGUAAAACUGAGAAAUGUGCAAGAUUGGAAGAUAUAUAAAGUAGUAAUGAGAAGCUAACUUCUGACGCUUUGGAUUUUAGUUAAACAGUAUUUUACCAUGGACCUCUUUUUAUUCUUCACAGAUGGUAGUUUUAAACAAAUAAACUUUAUUUAAAGGUGCUAUUAAAGUCAAAGAAUACAUGCCUGCCUUGUAGUGAAGUUGUAGCUAUUGGUGAUUAGGUCACUUGAAUAAGUUUUCAACAUUUUGUAAAUGUUGAUUACCUGACUCAACCAUUUUAAAAGUGUGUUAAUAUAAUUUCAGUCAGUUGGAUUCAGAAAUGUUAUCUGGAAAUGUUAUGUACAAAUAUGUAAAAUAAAAAAUAAAAUUUGUUUCCUAUGAAA